AUGGCGAAAGAGGCUCUUAAGGUCGUAGUGAGACUCUUGCCGCCCGAAAUCACGGAAGAGGAGCUCCUUGCCACUGUGCCUGAAGCACACCUGAAGCGAACCACCUGGCGAAACUUCCAGGUUGGGAAGCGCUAUCGAGGUGAAGCAAAACCAUCGGUCAAUGCUCGUUGCUAUUUCCUUUUCGACCAAGAGGACAGUGCUGAGAAAUUUAUCAAGGAGUAUCAUGGACAUCAAUUUGUUGAUGGACAGGGGGAGCAUUUUCGGGCCGUUGCUUGUUUUGCUCCCUAUGCCAAAGUUCCGCGCCAGAAGGUGACCAAGGAUGCCAGAGAUGGAACUGUUUUUGAAGACGCCACCUACAAGCAGUUUUUGGAAAGAUUGGCGGCGCCUAAGACCUUUGAGGCUCCGCCAGACCCGGUUGCUGAGCUGCAACCUUCGAGCAAAAAGGAUACUCCUUUGUUGAACUACAUGAAGACAAGGGCAGCUGAGAGAAGAGCUCGUCAAGAGAAACGUGAACGGGAGCGAAAGAGAUGGCAUGAUCGGCUCGGCCGCAUAGAGGAAAAGCCCCGAUGGCGCUGCGCGGAGUGUGGAACAGUGAAGCGCUUGGAAGAAGAUCCAGAUGCAAGAGGUACGUUUUACUGCACAUACUGCUGGGAGAUCUGGGAAGCCCAGGAGUACAAGCAAAAGAAAAAGAAAAAAGCGAAGAAGUCAGAGGCAGCUGAGGAGUACCCGGAGGAAGAAGAGGAGGAUUGGUAUGAGGAGCCAAGCAGCAAGAAGAAGAAAAAGAAGAAGAAGGCAGCUUACGAAGAAGAAUGGCACGAAAACAGCAGUAGCUGGUACAGUUCUGACCAUGGAGAUGACUGGGCAUGGUAUGACGCGGAAGCUUCGGAGGAACCCAAGAAAAAGAAGAAAAAGAAGAAAUCCAAGGACGUUGAGGAUGAGUAUGGUGCUUGCCACUGGCACGAAGAGGAAUAUUGGGGAUCCGGUGAGCCGGAGGGCAAAACCAAGUCCAAGAGGUCCAAGGCCAAGGACGCGGAAGAGUGGUGGGAGGAGUCCAAGCCCAAGGAAUCGUCGUCCAAGCGAAGGUCUCACGGCACUUGGCGAGAGAAGGAGGACCACAAGGAGCCUGAGAAGCCUCGGCGCAGGCGAGAGAAGGAUGAUGGCACUCAGUGGGUUCCCAAGCGGAAGACGUGA